AUGAGUGGGAAUAAUUAAACUGCUGGUAGCACUGCCUAAUAUACCUCUCUGAGAUCAGAGAUUAUGAGUAUGGGAGGAGUCACUAGUCUCCAACCUUAAAAUAAUGAAACUUUCUUUGGUGUUUUACCAAUUGCAGAGAAUGGCAUUAUGGGGUCCUUGACUCUUAAAUCUUCAAUGAAGAUAUUUACGUUCAUUGAUGUAAUACUAGGCGUCUUUUUCCUAAUGUUCUUGAUAUAAGAAGUUAUUCUUGAAUGGGCUUACUUUAAUAUUGGAGGUCCUCAUUACUUCUUAACUGCUCAUUAUCUUAUGAGAGUAGCUCAUCUCCCUAUUGGAAUUAUUGGAUUGAUGGGUCUUCAAAAAUAGGAUGUGGUUUUAGGAAGAGCAUACUAUCACCUAAACUUAGUUUAACUAGCUAUAUUCCCAGCACUAGGACUUUUGUCAACAUUCGAUAUGUGCAAAUCUUAUGUGUAUUACGAGCCAUGCAAGAAUAUCUUUACAACAAAUGCAGCUAUAACAGUAUUGAGAUUACUAUACUUCUUCUAUGUUUCAUACCUUGCUAAGUCUUAUUACAGGAGAAUUGAGAGAGGAGAAUUAAUUCUAGUCAAUCAUGGUAGAUCUAUUGUGGAAUUAAUUAACUAGGUCUAAAACAAUUAAGCAUAAAGAGGCAGAGAUAUCGAGCUUGUAGCUGUUCAGGGAGUUGCAAUGGCAGAGGGAAAAAUCAUCCCACCAGGUGGACAAUUAGAAGAUAUUGAGCUACCAAGUACCAAAUAAACAAAGAAGGGAAAUGACAAUAAUGGGAACUACAACUAACAAAUAGACAGCUUAGAUGCUUGA